AUGAACAUGUUCCUAUCAGAAAGCAGUACUAACCAAAACAAUAUAGGCGUGCUUGCAAUUGUAGGCAUGGGAGGUGUCGAAAAAACAAAACUUGCACAACUUGCUCAUAAUGAUGAAAACGUUCAUAAGCACUUUGAUCUCACAUCACGAGCUUGUGUAUCAGAGGAUUUUGAUGUUUUGAGAGUAACCAAAGCGUUCCUUGAAUCUGUCACUAAAACACCAUGGGAAACCGAUAAUAUUGAAUUACUUCGAGUUGAGUUGAAGAAAAAUUUAAGGGAUAAAAGAUUUUUCUUUGUGUUAGAUGACUUAUGGAAUGACAAAUAUUCUGAUUGGGACGAACUUGUAUCUCUGUUGAUUAGUGGAAAAACUGGAAGCAGCGUGAUCAUCACAACAUGCCACAGAAAGGUGGUCGAUGAUGUGCUGCCCACAUUUGGAAGGUUGCGUGUGUUAUCAUUAUCAAGAUAUAGAAACAUUACUACUCUACCCGAAACAAUUGGCAAUUUAUUGCAGUUGCGCUAUCUAAAUCUCACUGACACUGAAAUCACAAGGUUGUCUGACACCAUAUGCAACCUCUACUACUUGCAAACCUUGAUUUUAUCAUGUUGCUCAAAACUCACAUAA